UUCUAACUUGACAUCUCAGUGUCGAUAACGGCGUUCUGGGUAGGCUUAUCUCGACUCUUCCGAGGCCCGUCCUCUGUUAAGCUCGUUUAUCCAGAUCUAUGAAUAUGCUUGUUCCUUUCACGAAGAGGUAAUAACUCGUGUCGUUAUACACCUCGGGUUGAAUAUUGAACACUGCUCAAAGUGGGAGUUUCUACGUCGGUCGCGCUGGACCAAAGUAAAAGUCCUUUACAUCAUUACACGAUAUCUCCCCUUUUUUCUCAUCGCCAUGUACCUAUGUUUGAACCUCACCCCGAGCGAAAACACCAAUAAAUGUAGGAUAUUAAUCAACAUUUACUCAUUUGUCAGCCAGAUAUCACUUACUUUCUCUGAAAGUUUCUUUGCGCUCAGAACAUAUGCGCUCUGGAACAACAAUAGAAUCGUACUCUUAGGCCUGCUGUCCACUGCUUUCGUUAUGGUCGUAACAUCCCUCGGCAUUCGUUUUACCAUUAUUGCCACCUCAAAUAUCACGGCUAGUACGAUACCAGGCAUCCAAGGCUGCUCCUGGAGCGCGAGCGGUGUCUUAUACUUGAUGUUGUUUAUUUUCUUGUUUGUGUUUCAACUGGGACUGGUAUUCCUCACACUCAUACAUGUCAUACAGAGCUGGCGGUCGUCCGAGGGCCAUCUGUACGCCGUCCUUGUGAAACAUAACAUAUUCUACUAUGCAUGCGGUCUCCUUUUUUCUGCCAUAAAUGUCAUCAUGCCAGUGCUAUUUCCCAAUUCCGCAUACUACAUCGUCCUGGAAGACCUUCAGGUAUGUAUCCUUCGGAUCCUCGCCACGCGCAUGCACCUCCAUCUCUGGCAUCUCGACCAGCAUAUGCACAGCUCUGAUGCCCUCAUAUGUAUUUCUAUGCCCGACAUAUCACCUGCAGACUGUCCGGUGUAAUGUUUUAUGGCGUGGCUUAUCCGUCAUGGGAGGAGCGAGAUUUGGACUAGGGGAUAACUGAUCGGGGUGGAACGCACUUGACUUAUAAUAAUAAUGCA